AUGUCAUCUGCAAACUCCGUCGCGCCUGCGCAGCGGGCUGCAUGCAAUCAGCUGCACUCCGACUACAAGCAGUGCCUCGCGAAGAGCGGCCGCACCAACUUCAGCGCGUGCACCGACUUCCACGCGAAGCUCCGCGCCUGCGAGAGCAUGUUGGGAACGUCCUACUGCAUCGAGGAGGGAAUCAACUUGAUGAAGUGCACCAAGAACCCCGACGCCUCGUACUGCGCGAAGGAGUUUGUGGCGAUGCGCGAAUGUCACCGCCCGGGCGGACCCCACAUCGUCGUCGCGCCGGCGACCGCGGCCUCGCCUGCGCGCUACGAGCUGCGCCCCGAAGUGAAGCAUCUGUACAACGUCUCGUCCACGGAUCUCGGCGCUGCGGUUGCGCCUCAGCGCAACAUGAAGCAGCUGGACGAAGUCGCGGACGCUCUCAAGACGGAGCUGAACCUCCCCGGAUUUGGCCACGUGCCCUACAAGUGGGAGAGUCUCCGCCCGAACCCCGGAGCCUGA